CAGCUAUCCAACAUCAGAACAGUAUAUGAAUAUCGCAAAUGCUGUUUUGACAUCAUUUCCUGCCAUCCUGAGAAACAGUGAUCUCGAGGAGCAUGAAUUGCAGCUGCAAUGGAAAUUGCGCAUCCAGCGCAAGUUUCAGAAUUCAAGAAAGAGGCAGGAUUCCUCAGUGACUGAGGUGACGUCAAGGAAAAAGAAGAUCCCUUGCAUAGCGCCAAAAGAGACUACGUGUCCACUGAUGUAUGGAGUAAAGGCUUACCUUCCACCAAGGCCCCAUUCAGAAGAUGAUGAGUCAUUAGACAGACAUAGACAGUGGCUUGCUCUACAUUGGAUGAAGAAAGAUCCCGAGUUAGAUAAGAUAAUGAAGGAGUUCCUGAGAUUAGAACCACAAGCGGAUGAACCAGACCCAAGAGUAGCAGUUUUGAAAGGGCUGGAGAAAUAUAGGCUCCCAAUAAUUGCCAUUCUCAAAAAAAGAAAAGCAGUUCCUCUGUAUAUAGAAACCUUACUUGAAGCUAAAUCCCCACGAUGAAAGUCAAUGUGAGUAAUGUCUAGUUCAAUUUGUUCAUUUCAGUAGCUGGUACCAAUUUAAUAUAUGUAUCUUUUCAUCAUUAGCAAUGCAUCUUUCACUUUUAUAAGCUUAG